UUUUCUUACAUCAAUGGUGGGCACACAACCCUAAAUCCAAAGGGUAGCGAACAAAAAGUAGAAACCUUCUGCUUCUCUUCUGCAAAACCAACACCCUUUUUGACUCGAACCCACCAAUUUCAAACUCUGAUAGCUCCAUUUUUUUAAAGCUCAUUUCCAGGUUCUUACUCUGCUUUUACCAGACACCAUUCUUGGACUUCGCCUCCCCUUUUACCCUCUUCUCACAUGUAUAUAUUUGUCGCUCACCUUUUAAUUCAAUUCCAAAAUUAAAAUAAAAAAUGGGUUCUUUAUUUUGAAAAAAAAUAAUUCGAAGGUUCAAUCAAGCCCAUUGUCGAAAUGGAGAGCAAGCUCCUAGUUCCUCCAGCUUUGCCUAUGGUUUUGGGGAUUUUGACUCUCUUCUCCAAUGUGCUGUACGGAGCUCUUCUUGAAAGCGACAAGCAAGCUUUAAUGGAGUUUGCUAGCAAGCUUAAUCAUGUCCGAGCCCUGAACUGGGACGAAAGCUCCCCAGUCUGUAAGAACUGGACAGGAAUUGGGUGUAAUGAAGACGAAAGCAGAGUGGUCGCCGUGAGGCUGCCAGGAUUAGGGUUUCAUGGCCCCAUUCCAGAGAACACAUUGAGCCGUUUAUCAGGUCUGCAGAUCUUGAGCCUCAGAUCCAACAGGAUCACUGGUUCAUUCCCCCUGGAUUUCGGUAACCUUAAAAAUCUAGCCUUUCUUUAUCUUCAGCACAACAAUUUCUCAGGCCCUUUGCCUCCGGACUUCUCCCUGUGGAAGAAUCUCACCAUUGUUAACCUCUCGCACAACUCCUUUAAUGGCAGCGUUCCUUCUUCCAUUUCCGGGCUGAAUCAUCUCGUAGCUUUGAAUCUCGCCGGAAACUCUCUUUCCGGCGCCAUUCCCGACCUGCAUUCCCCCAAUUUGCAGAUGCUCAAUCUGUCCCACAACAGACUUACCGGCAUCGUCCCUGAAUCACUCCGGAGGUUCCCCAAAUCUUCGUUUUGGGGAAACAAUGAAUCCCUGCUGAAUUACACAGUCACCGAUUCCCCAAUUGUGUUAGCUCCUCAUGUUAGGGAUAAGAACGUUGGUCGAAGAAUAAGUGAAAAAGCCUUGCUCGGAAUCAUCAUCGCCGGCGCCGUCCUCGUGCUCGUCGGCUUCAGUUUUCUAUUCCUUGUCUGCAUACUUCGCCGGAAUGUCCCCGACGGAUUCCCCGGCGCAUUGGAAAAGGGCGACAUGUCGCCGGAAAAAGCAAUCUCCCGCAGCCAGGACGCGAGCAAUAAGCUCGUGUUCUUCGAGGGCUGUAACUUCGCUUUUGACUUGGAGGAUCUGUUGAGAGCUUCCGCCGAGGUCUUGGGGAAAGGCACAUUUGGCACGGCCUAUAAAGCGAUACUAGAGGACGCGACAAUGGUGGUCGUGAAACGGCUAAAGGGAGUCGCGGCUGGGAAGAGAGAAUUCGAGCAACAGAUGGAUAUAAUCGGGAGGAUCAAGCACGAAAAUGUGAUCGAAUUGAGGGCGUACUAUUACUCCAAAGACGAGAAGCUCAUCGUCCACGAUUAUUACAAUCACGGCAGCCUCGCCUCGAUGCUUCAUGGGAAACGAGGAGAAUACAAGAAUCCCGUGGAUUGGGAGACGCGGCUGAGGAUCGCUGUAGGUGCAGCGAGGGGGAUAGCGCAUAUCCACGGCGAAAACGGCGGGAAGCUUGUGCAUGGGAACGUCAAAUCGUCGAAUAUAUUCCUCAACGAUCAGAAGCUCGGGUGCGUCUCGGAUUUUGGUUUGUCGGCGAUAAUGAGCGGAUUGGCUCCCCCGAUCGCGCGCGCGGCGGGGUACCGUGGGCCCGAGGUGACGGACACCCGCAAAACGACGCAGGCGUCGGAUGUUUACAGCUUCGGGGUGAUACUGCUGGAGCUGCUCAGCGGGAAGACGGCAAUCCAUACAAUGAACGGGGACGAGGUUGUCCAUUUGGUGCGGUGGGUGCACUCGGUGGUGCGCGAGGAGUGGACGGCUGAGGUGUUCGAUACGGAGCUGCUGAGGCAUCCGAACAUCGAGGAGGAGCUGGUGGAGAUGCUGCAGAUUGCGAUGGCGUGCGUGGCAAGGAUGCCGGAGCAGAGGCCGAAGAUGGCGGAGGUCGCGAAGAUGGUCGAGAAUGUCCGGGCCGGAGGUUUUACGGAGGAUUCGACGCCGGCGUCGCCCGGGGUUUGAGGGAGGCGGCGGAGCGCCGGUUUCCGGCAGGUUUGGGAGUGGUUUUAGUUCACUGACUUGGUGGACGGAUGGAUUAUGGUUGUCGGAAAGUGGGUUGGGCUGAGAUUUUUCAUUAAUGUUUUUGUGUGUUUUUGGAGUUGUUUUUACGUUUGUAUGGGUUUCGUUUCUUCUUUUCUGUAUGUAUUUGGUGCAGACAGAAAUUUGUCAUGACAUAAUUAUUUUUAUUAUAUUCCUCGGUUAAUCAUUA